UACGUCAUCGACAUGAACUUGUAGCCCCCCAGACUAAAGCGACGUGAGGGAAGAUGGCGAGAGGAGGCCGCAAUCUACGGAGGGUGGUAGAGUUCAUCAGGCAGCUGCCGUCACCGGCCAGCCGGAGGACACGGAGCGGGAGCGGCGUCCGAUACCUGACGUCAUGUGGGAUCCUAAUGACCCGCACCCCCCCCCUACUGGGUGUAGCCAUGCCGGGUCGUGCCGCCGCUCUGCCGACGCGCAGCUUCUUCAACCUCGCAGACUCUUUUUCCAAGAGGAGGGAGUACUCAGAGAGACGCAUCAUUGGGUAUUCCAUGCAGGAGAUUUAUGAGGUGGUGGCUGGCGUGGAAAACUACCGCCUCUUUGUUCCCUGGUGCAAAAAGUCUGAGGUGGUGUUCAGUCGCUCUGGAUUCUGCAAGGCCAAACUGACAGUGGGCUUCCCCCCUGUGGUGGAGAAUUACACCUCCCUCGUCACGACUGUGCGCCCCCACCUGGUGAAGGCUUCCUGUUCAGAAGGGAAGCUCUUCAACCACUUGGAGACGGUUUGGCGCUUCAGCCCGGGCCUUCCUGGUUACCCCAGAACCUGCACUGUGGAUUUUUCGAUCUCCUUCGAGUUCCGUUCGCUUCUCCAUUCCCAGCUGGCGCAUGUUUUCUUCGAUGAAGUGGUGAAGCAGAUGGUCUCUGCAUUUGAGCGCCGCGCCUCCAAGAUCCACGGCGCUGAGACACCCAUCCCGCGAGAACUUAUGUUCCAUGAGGUCCACCACACGUAGCAACCAUCCGCCAAACCCUCAAACACUGCACCAAAGAGCUGGAGGACCCCUCCCCAAUCAGCAGUGCCUUCCUCCCAGCCGGGGUUAAAGCCCCUGGCAGCUGGAAAUAUGGCCCCCCACAGAUCAAUGUGUGCAGCUGGAAGCAGCAGAUGUUUGUCCAUCAUCCUCAGUGAAGCAGAAGUAUCUUCUGCUUCCAGCUCCUCUGACUGGAGGGUUCCAAACGCUGUCGUAGUUCAGACAAACUUCAGGGGACAAUCGGUUCUUCAGAGAUGUUGCAGUGCAUUGUGGGAAACGAGGGUAUUUUUAAUGUCAUUAGAAUUGCAGAACCAUCCCUCUGCCCCCCCAGCCCUCCAACAAAACCCCAACAAAAAUGAACUCUUGCAAACAGGAAACCAUGACAACCCUGACAAACAUCCCAUCAGACUGAAGGCCAUGGCAGCUUCUCAGCCACCCCCCAUGUUUUUCUGGGUGUGGGCGGGCCAUGAAUGUGGAACUUCCUGUUUUUGCAGCACAGAUGUUUGUGUGUCUGUUGGGACGAUCCUGAGCCAAGUCAUAAUAAGCAGCCAGAACCACAAACCCAGUCUGAACCAGAACCAGCCUUUCUGACACCAGGAGUUCUGGUUGAUGAGGACCUUCUUCUGAGCCCAAACCUCCAAAGUGCCUCCAGGCCUCCUGGCAGUGUGUGGAUCUGUAGUUUCACAGUCUGUAUUUAUUGAGUGUUUGUUUCUGUCCCCCAGCAUUAGUUUCUGAGAUUUUCUGCAUUGUUUUGUAUCUCUGUGGCAGCGUGAAGUCCAGAGGCUGAGAGGCUGAGAGCAGCCGCUGUGUGUGUGUGAGUCUGCGAUGUAGAUGUCUGCGUUAACAUGUACUGACUGCAUGAUGUAUAAAGUAUUUUUUUCUAUGAA